CCAAUCGUCGUCGUACGUCGCUCUUGAACCCGUCCGUGUUAUGUGUGCCGUGGUGUCCGCCAGCCAGCAGUGUUGACAAAAGGGUGAAAAGAAACAGCCCCGGAUCGUAACCGAGCGGAGGAAAACACAAAAAUCCAGGGGUUUUGCGAAGACAAGCAGUUGAAGCAGUAACGGGAAUGUAAUUGCGUUGAGCUGCUCGUUUUAUACAGCCGUGUUCUGUUAUUAAUGGGAGUUUGAGGGUUAUUCUGUUGGAAAGGAAAAACGGCACUCGUGGGUUUUGGCUGCUUUCAGGCCGAGAUUUUCCUGCUGCUCCGCCGCUGCUUGAGGGAGAGGCUGUCCGCAACGAGCUGGAGGUAGCCUCACGGUUAGCCCCGGUACAUCACCCCCCCUCCCCAAAAAAACACACAUAGGAUAACUCCUCGCCGCCGUCUCCGUCGCGAACCGCAGAGGAUCAAGGUAAAGUACUGUGAAUCGAGGAAAAAAGCUAACAAACAGCCCCGCUCGGUCGGCUGCAGCUCGCCGGGCUCGGCUCACUCGGGACGGUGUGUGUCUCCCAGCCCGGCCGCUCUCUAUCAGCCUGUGAGCGCUAGCUAACGGUAGCAGCAUUAGCACUGCCUCCCCCCACCUCCCCUCUGUAUUUACAUCUGGGAUGAUGGGUGAUCGCCCAAGUCCGCCCAGCAGGGCUAUGUCCUCGGCAGCCACCACAUCUCCAUCUGUGGACAAAGUGGACGGAUUUUCACGGAAGUCUGUCAGGAAGGCCAAGCAGAAGCGGUCGCAGAGUUCAUCCCAGUUCCGCUCUCAGGGCAAACCCAUAGAGCUCACGCCCUUGCCACUGCUCAAGGACGUGCCAGCGCCGGAGCAGCCGGAGCUGUUCCUGAAGAAGCUGCAGCAGUGCUGUACUGUCUUUGACUUCAUGGACACGCUGUCAGACCUCAAGAUGAAGGAGUACAAGCGCUCCACGCUCAACGAGCUGGUGGACUACGUGACCGUCAGCCGGGGCUACCUGACAGAGCAGGCCUACCCUGAGGUCGUCAAAAUGGUGUCUCACAACAUAUUCCGGACCCUUCCGCCCAGUGACAGUAAUGAGUUUGACCCAGAGGAGGACGAGCCCACACUUGAGGCCUCCUGGCCACACUUACAGUUGGUAUACGAGUUCUUCAUCCGGUUCUUGGAGAGUCAGGAAUUCCAGCCCAGCAUUGCCAAAAAGUACAUAGACCAGAAGUUUGUCCUACAGCUCUUGGAGUUGUUCGACAGCGAGGAUCCUCGGGAGAGAGACUACCUGAAGACAGUCUUGCAUAGAAUCUACGGCAAAUUCCUGGGGCUGAGGGCUUUUAUACGAAAACAGAUCAAUAAUAUUUUUCUACGUUUUGUUUAUGAGACGGAGCACUUCAACGGGGUGGCUGAGUUGCUGGAGAUCCUGGGGAGUAUAAUCAAUGGUUUCGCUCUGCCACUGAAAGCGGAGCAUAAACAGUUUCUGGUCAAAGUGUUGAUCCCCCUCCACACUGUCAGGAGUCUGUCCCUCUUCCACGCACAGUUGGCGUAUUGCAUUGUACAGUUCCUAGAGAAAGACCCAACAUUAACAGAACCAGUCAUCAGAGGCUUACUGAAGUUCUGGCCAAAAACCUGCAGUCAAAAAGAGGUGAUGUUUCUAGGGGAGCUGGAGGAAAUCCUGGACGUCAUCGAACCCACACAGUUCGUCAAGAUCCAGGAGCCGCUCUUCAAACAGAUCUCCAGAUGCGUCUCCAGCCCACAUUUCCAGGUUGCAGAGCGAGCUCUGUACUACUGGAACAACGAGUACAUCAUGAGUCUGAUCGAGGAGAACUCCAGCGUCAUCCUGCCCAUCAUGUUCGCCAGCCUCUACAGGAUCUCCAAAGAGCACUGGAACCCGGCGAUCGUGGCGUUGGUGUACAACGUACUGAAGGCCUUCAUGGAGAUGAACAGUACCUUAUUCGAUGAACUCACAGCCACUUACAAGUCGGACCGCCAGCGUGAGAAGAAGAAGGAGAAGGAGCGGGAGGAGCUGUGGAAGAAGCUGGAGGACUUGGAGCUGAAGAGGGGCCUUAGGAGCGACGGGAUCAUCCCAACUUAACAAAGACAGCGCCACGCUCCCCUCUGCACCGCCCAUCUCCCUCCCCCCAUCCCCUCCUCUCCCCCCUCUGACUCCCUCUUCCCUCCAUCCUGA